AUGGUUUCGAAUUGUUCUCUAUCGAAUGAUCAAUCAUUAACAAAACGUUUAAUUGAAAGUUCGAAUAAAUCAUCCGAAUGUUUUCAUCGUUUUGUUAAUAUAAGUGAAUGGAGUGAUGGUCUUGAUCAUUGGUCUUUAUCAGAAAUAAUUCGAAAAAGUCAUUUAUAUCAACAAGAUUAUUUAGAUUUUCAUCGUGAUCUUGGUCUUUAUUUACCUCGAUAUGAAAAGGAUAAAUUGCAAGAAAGAUCAAUUGAAAAUGAUUUAUUUUAUUCUAAAAGAAGAAGAAAUGAUUUUCUUCCAGAACGUCUUCGAAAAUUAUUUAAAAAAGAAAAAAAACUUUUAAUAGAAGAAAAUCAAUCAAAUAUAUCUUCAUCAGAUGAGCAAUUAUCAUCAACAGAAGAUAAUCAAUUUUCAAAAUCUAUUCAACAAUCAAAAUCAAAUGAUAUAUCAUCAAAUAAAGUUCGUUUAUCACUUCGUCAAGUUCAAAGUCAAUAUUAUUUACCAGAAAAUCAAUUAAAACAAAUUCAUCAACAAAAUUAUCAAUCAGUUAAUGGAGAAAAAUUAAAAUCAUUAUUAAAACAACAAUUAACAAAUUUAUUUACUCGUCAAACAACAAAUAUAAAUAAUAAACGAACUCUUAUAAGAAUACCUUUAGUAGAAAUAAAACAUCAAAAUUAUCCACCUAAAACAACUUCAAUUAUAGAUCCAACAUUAAUUAUUGAACGAUACAAUAAAUGGCAACAAUUUUUCAUAUCUCGAACACCUAGUCAAGCAACAAUAAAUAAUAAAUUAGUGAAUAAUGAUCAAUAUCAAUUAAGUGUUGAUGUUAAGGCAACAUUUGGUUUAAAUGUAACACCAAUUGAGUUUUCUUCUUCAAAAAAUUUUGAAAGUUCUGCCUUAGAAAUUAAAUCUGAACAAGAAAAUUCUUCAUUAAAAACUGGUCGAUCGACUCAACGAGUAGCUCUUCCUUGUUCAUUUGAUAAAAGUGAAGAAGAACAACGAAUUAUAUCAAAAGGUAAUAUUCAAAGUGGAUUUAUUUCAUCAUCUGGUGAUUUUAUUCUUCCAAAUAAUAAUAAUAAUAAUUCAAUUGAUGAACAAACACAAACAAUACGAAAAUUCUAUCGUCAUCAUCGUUCAUCAUCAAAAAAUCGAAUUGAAAGAUCGAAAACUUUCGAUUUCUUACCAACAUUAGUUUCGGGAAAACGUCUUCAUCUUCCAACUUCAAAUCAUAGAAAUUCAUAA